AUGUCUGACAUCAACAUGACCAGCCUGGCAAACAGGCUUCAGGAUUUAGAACUGUGUCUCAAGAGUCAACAUGGCAAGCAAAUUGGCUAUCGGCAGGCCCUGAGAGAAGCCAUUAUUAGGAAGGAUGUUGUUGUGGAACUAGAAGUCCUAAAAAGUCUUGGAGACCUGCAUCUUCGGAAAGGUAAGCUCAGGAAAGACUCAGCAGAGUUUGACAAGGCUGCUGCCCUGUAUGCUGCUGCCUUACUGCGCUGCACAGAUCCAGAUGUGGGACAAACACUGGAACAUCGUAUCAGCUACACGGAGAAACUCUCCUGGACCAGACAACUGCUACAGGGGUACAGUCCACAGUAUCAGACUUCAAGGAACUGUAAACAUGUUGACCACAACAAUGUUUUAAGGGUGGCAAAAGUGUGCCACAAAUUGGAGAAAACUGUUGGGGAAUCCUGGCGUUCUACAGAGGACAUUUACACAGAAGCACUUGUGGCAGCAAUAGAGGCAGGGGACGCAUUAUUGGAGCUCCAAAUUCUUAAAGUUCUUGGUGAUUUCUAUCUUGAGAAAGGCAAGAAAACCUCUGAUGCAUCCCAGUUCUCCAAGGCAGCUGCCAUGUACAACAAGGCCCUGACAACAUGUGGGGAUGCUGAGACAAAACUGACUCUGGAACAUCGAAUCCUGUAUACAGGGAAGAUCAGUGAAGCAGUUAAAAGGAAAUUCUCACUGAAAACAUCAAGACAAAGAGAAAGAAGUCCAUCCAAAGAGCAUGAGUUGGGAAACAUCACAAGCACAGUGACAGAUGUAACAGUUACUCCAGACCAACAUGUCCUUCAGGACAAAUCAAGCAGUGCAACAAAGCCAGAAAUGACCAGAGUUGCAGCUGAAACAGUGAAACAAGAAAGACUCAAACACAUGUACGAAGAUCACCUCAAGAAAGGCGAAUCAUCCAUUGACAAUGCUGACCUGGACUCAGCAGAGCAGCACUUUGCAGCUGCACUCAAGAUGGUACACGUGAGAGAUCCCAUAGCCAAGCAGUACCAGAGAGAGGUGGAGCCCCUGUGCAAGUUGGGGGAUGUCUACAGUAAGCGAGGUCAGCAGACAGGAGACGGGGGAGACUUUGUCAAAGCAGCAGCACUCUACAAUGCAGCAAUAGCCAGGUCAGAGGAUCAAGUCCUCAAUGGUAACAUAGCAUCAACUGUCAAAGAUGUACAAGAGUCAUUUCUUAAAUGUAUCUUAGGUGUACAUGUACAUAAUGUUUCAUUUCAAGAUCAGAUAGAAAAUCACAAGAAACAGCUGAAGGAGAUGCGGGAACAGAUCAAGCUGGAGAUGGAAACCAUUGACCAGCAGCUGGAUCCCUAUGUACAUGAUGAGGAUGACCCAUGUGUCAAGGAGAUAGAGGCAAAACGAGCUCAGGCUGUCAGGCAGUUGUUUGAGAACAUUGCACAACAAAGAAAAGAGUUCAUCAGUUUACUUGUAGAUGGGUGUAUUGGGUUAAUGGGUCCCCCUCCAUGUAAGUAUGCCCUGAUAGGUUUGGGUUCACAGGCCACAGGACUGGUAACUCCAUACUCAGACCUGGAGUUUGCCAUCUUGGUAGAGGAUGAAAGUGACGAAUGUCUUGUGUAUUUCUGCAAAAUCACUCACUAUCUACACCUCAAGGUAGUCAAUCUGGGAGAAACCAUUCUCCCAGCACUGGGAAUAAAAUGUCUCAAUGACUUCUACUCUGGGCAUCCACUGGACAACUGGUACUACGACUCUGUUACACCACAUGGGUUUGCAUUUGAUGGCUCCAUGCCAAAAGCAAGCAAGACUCCACUGGGCAGGCAGGGAACUAUGAAUGACCCAUCCAGUGAACUCAUCUGCACCCCAGAAAACAUGGUUUCUUUACUUCAAAAGGAUGCCACAUUGUACCUGAAGGAAGGAUAUCACCUUGCCUCUAUCUUGAGAAACCCAUGCCUGAUAGCAGGGGAUCAGGACUUGAUUGACAUGUACAUGGCCAUCACAGUGAAGAUACUGCAAGCUGAUGGGGGCAAAAUGGCUCGACAACUGGCACAGGAGACUCUUAAAGAAAACAUCAUGAGCCACACUAACAAAGAAACACUUACAGCAGGGCUGAUUGAUGUGAAGAAAGAACUCUAUCGCUUCCCAGCUGUAGCAGUGGACUGCUUGGCACUGUCUUCAGGCAUCAUACCUACCACAGUGUGGGAGACAAUAGACAAAAUGGAAAGCCAGCAAGUGAUCAGCCCCAACAAUGCACACCACCUGACAGUGCUUACCAGCAUCUCUGCAGAACUCAGGCUCAAAACAUACAUUGCAAAUGGUGGACAGAAGGAAAACCUGUCAGCUUUGGCCUCAAUGGAAAGACAGGAAUCAUCCCCACAGACCAAUGAUAAUGAUAUGCAAACAACUGCAUUGAUACCAGUUUUCCAUAUUGGAAAUGAAAAACUGCUUUUCAGAUACUACUACACAGCAAUUCCACUUAAGAAAGCUUUGACUGAAUGGCAUGGAAAGAAACCAUCUGAACUUCUAAGCUCAGUUCUUGAGCUCUAUGAUAAUUCUCUAAGAGUACAAGGAAAGAUGUACUAUGAGCUGUGUAAAUAUAGGCUAGCUACCACUUUCUUCUGUCAGGCUCUCGAAGAAGAAAAUGGAAACGACGAUGAGAAAAUCUUGCUUCUCAACGAUAUUCAAGUUGCUUAUUUCAGAAUGGGUGAUUACCAAAAGGUUAUUGGCUACAAUGAACAGGCACUGCGAAUGUGUGGUCAGAACUCAGCAUAUACUCCAUGUUUAAUUGCCGAGAUCCAUUCCAUGCUUGGGAAUGCCUUGGCAUGCUCGGGCAAUGACAUGGAAGCAGUCCGCUACUAUGAACAGGCACUACAGAUGUUUAGGAGUGUCUAUGGGAAGAGGACAGCACAUCCUGACAUUGCCGUGUUACUUAACAGCCUGGGAGAAUCCUGGAUCUUCCUGGCAGAUUACAAUAAAGCACUCGGCUAUUUUGGAGAAGCACUACAGAUGCACAGGCUCAUCAGUCCCUUUAGGCACACAACAGCAAAUCCAGACAUUGCUAUUUUACUCCGAAACAUGGGGAUGGCUUGGUACCACUUGAAUGAUUAUAAAAAAGCAAUAGACUUCAAUAUAAAUGCACUGCAGAUGCAGAGGUGUAUUUAUGGUCAUAGUACAGCACAUCCUGAAAUUGCCACUUCACUCAACAAUCUCGGGGGAGCAUGGAGUAGACUUGGUGAUCACAGAAGAGGUAUGAGCUACUGUGAACAGGCACUGGCAAUGGUUAGGAGCAUCUAUGGUCAGGAUACAGCACAUCCCAACAUUGCUACCCAACUCAGUGUUAUAGGGUCAACCUGGUGUGAAGUUGGUGAUUAUAGGAAAGCUAUCAGCUACCAUGAGCAGGCACUGCAGAUGCGGAGAUGUAUCUAUAGAGAGAGUAAGGCACAUCCUGAUAUUGCCAGAUCAUUCAACAACAUAGGAAUGGCUUGGCAAAAUCUGGGUGAAAGCAGAAUAGCAAUCAGCUACCUUGAACAGUCACUGCAGAUGCACAGGGAUGUCUAUGGUCAGACCAAUACACAUCCUGAAAUUGCUACUUCACUCAACAACAUUGGGCUUGCCUGGUGCAAUCUAGGUGAUCACAGAAAGGCAAUCAGCUACCAUGAACAGGCACUGCAGAUGCAAACCAGUGUCUAUGGUCAAGGUACUGCACAUUCUGACAUUGCCUCUUCUUUUGGCAAUCUGGGGUCAGCCUGGUCUGGCCUUGGUAAUGACAGAAAAGCACUCAGAUACCAUAGGCAGGCACUACAGAUGUGCAGGAAAGUUUAUGGUCAGGGUGCUGCACAUUCUCACAUUGCCAAAUCACUUUCUAACAUAGGAACAACCCUGAGUAACCUGGGUGAGUACAAGAAAGCACUUAGAUACCUUGAGCAGGCAUUCCAGAUGCACAGGAAUGUCUACGGUGUGGAUGCUGUACAUUCUGACAUUGUCACACCACUUUAUAAUCUAGGAGGUACAUGUAGCGCCCUGGGUGAUCACAGAAAAGCACUCAGCUACUUUGAACAGGCACUACAGAUGCACAGGAGCAUGUAUAGUCAGAUCAAUGCACAUCCUCAAACAGCCAUACUACUCAGAAAUUUAGCAGUAGCCUGUAUUAAAGUUGGCUAUCACAGAAAGGCGGUCAGCUACCUAGAAGAGGCACUGCAGAUGUACAGGACUAUCUAUGGCAAGGACAAAGAACAUACUGACAUUGCCACAUCACUGUUUUACCUAGGAGUAACAUGGGGUGAACUGGGUGAUUACAUAAAAGCACUAAGCUACUGUGAACAGGCACUGCAAAUGUGCAAGACUAUAGCACAUCCUGACAUUGACAAAAUGCGCAAAUUAAAGCACUUCCUGCAAGAUGUACUUUCAGGACAAAAGUGACUGAACAAUGAGAGUAACUGCAAGAGCAUCCAUGAAAAACAUUGAAAAGCCUUUGGGGGGGAGAUUAUUUUGUGAAAUCUCUGCAGAUUUAGGUGGCUCUGGAUGGACAGAUUUUAUACUAAUAUACUA